CUAUAUUCGUUGUAUAUAUAAAUGCACUGAACUUGCCUCUUAAUAAAUAUAAUUUUGUGUAAAUAGCAGAUAACUUCAAUUAGUAUAAUGUAUGUACAACUUGUUUAUAUUUUUAGACAAUUAUUGAAAAAAACUGAUAUUUUAUAACAUACAAAAUGGAAAAAUAUAGUACAGAUUCAACAAGUCAAUUUGAAUCACGAAAUCGUAGCAAUAAUGCUGAUACAGAUGCUUCAACUCCAUCUUCUUCAUCUGAUUAUAUUACUGGGGAUGCAGAUGACAGCUCAGACAGCAAAGUACCCAUACCUUGCACUUUGAAAUCAGUUGAAAAUCAUUUAUCUCUAUCUAAGGCAAUGAAUCAGGAUGAUUUGCAAGAAAUGAUAAAUAAAUGUAAGCAAAUGGUUUUGGAAAGUGCAGAAUGCUCUGAAGAACGAAAGUGGCUUGUUAGACGUUUGAUUGAACUUCGACUGAGAGCUCAAGAACUGAGGGAGACAUCAAAUGAGAAAUUUGUUGAAACUUGUGUUAUUCUAGGGCAUCACUUUUCACCUCAAAAGUAUUACAUUGCAACUACAGGUUCUGUGUACUGUGAUCAUUGCAGUGGUGGAAUAUGGACAAUGUUGCAAUCAUGGUAUAUGUGUAAUGAUUGCGGUUUUAAUUGUCAUUUAAAAUGCAUGUCUAGCAUUUGUAGAGUUUGUGUUCAUGUGAUUGCAAGUGAAGUUGGUGGUUAUACUUACACCAAAGAUAUAUGUCCUGAAAGAGGGUUGUCAGCACAAGGAUACAGAUGUGCUGAAUGCAAUAUAAGAAUUACUUUCAUAAGUAAAUACAUCUAUAAAUUACAAGCUACCUCAAAAGGAUUAUCUUUGUCAUGUUUUGGCAGUCCUUUUAAGUAUACAGAAUCAGGAUCAAUUGAACCUAAAUUAUGUGAUUAUAGUGGAUUAUAUUAUUGUCAUCGAUGUCAUUGGAAUUCAUCAGCUGUUAUACCGGCAAGAGUUAUACGCAAUUGGGAUAUAGAACCUAGAAAAGUUUCCCGUGCUGCUUUUCAACUAUUGACACUCAUGCAGAAUAAGCCUGUUUUGAUACUAGAAAAUUUGAAUCAAAAACUUUUUACAUUAGUUCCUGACCUCUCGCUAAUAAAAAGACUUAGAGAAGAAUUGCAAAUGAUGAAACAGUAUCUCGUGGUUUGCCCGGACGCGUCAAAUCAAGGAUUACCAUGGAAAUCGGGGCUUCGAACUCAUAUGCUUGAAAGCUCUAUUAAUUAUUCUGUUAAAGAUCUCAUUGACCUUCACAGUGGAGUUUUAAUGGAUGAAAUUCAAGUAGCUUAUGAUAGCAUGAAAAAUCACAUUACUGAAACGUGUCAACUUUGCAGAGGAAGAGGACAUCGUUGUGAAAUAUGUGGUAAUAUCGAAAUAAUCUAUCCGUGGGAUACGACUGCUACGACGUGUCAAAUUUGUAAAGCGGUAUACCACCGACUGUGCCGAUCCAAACGUAAUCACUCUUGCCCUAAGUGUUUACGAAUACAAAAAAGAAAAGAUAAUAACCAAGUAGAUACAGAAAUAAUCAAAGAAGAGGAUGAAGAUAAUUGUGAUAAGUAAAAGUAAUUAUUUACAUUUUUUAAAUUAGCUUUAACUAUGCAACAAAAGCUUGCAUCAGUUACUUUAAAGUGGACGCUACAAGAUUCAUACAUUAUUUUUAUACAUAUUUCAAGUUUACAUAUAAUUACUGCUGCUUGAGAAUAUAUCGGUCGCAAAAAUUUUACCAUUGUAUAUGUAUUUCUAUGAUAGGGUAAAUAAGAUCAGUAUGUACCUAUUUUUAUCUGUAUUUAGCGUUUUUUUAAUAUAUCUAUCCAGAAGAGUCAACAACAUUUCACUGCUGGAAAUAUUGUUAUUAACAAAGUAAUUUGAAAAUAAUUUGUUAAAUUUAUUAUGUUUGUUCGAUUAGAAAUUAUGAAAUAAAU